AUCGCAAGACUCCACCUUUCUCACUCUUCCUCGCAAUCCUCAUCAUCUCUCCCUUAAAUUCCCUUUGAAGUUUUGUUUAAUUAAUGCAUUAGGUUUCUGCGGAGAUGAGCACGAAAGUGAAGAAAGGUUGGCUCGCGGUUCAGGUGGGGCCAGACGACGGAGAAGGAGAAGGCGGAAACCGGAGAUUCGUUAUCCCGAUCUCGUACCUCUACCAUCCUCUCUUCCAGAAUCUCCUGGACAAGGCCCGCGAAGUCUACGGCUACCACGCCGACGGCCCCAUCCGCCUCCCCUGUUCCGUCGAUGAUUUCCUCCAUAUUCGCUGGCGGAUCGAGAAGGAGGACGCGAAUUCCGCCGCCGCCGCCGCCGGACACCUCCGCCACCACCACCACCAUCUGCCUACUACUUUGUCAUUUCGCUCUUGUUGAUCGAUUAUAAAUUGAAAUUGUACUCCCCCCCAAAAAAAUAAUCCAAAGAGCAAUUCCGUUUCUUAUACGAAUUUUGUGUUGGAAUUUUUAGGAGCUUUAUUUAAUUUUAGAUUGGAUUGGAGUUGUCAAACCGAGCUUGAAUUGUAUGAAGCACGUUAGAGUAUCGUUGUAUACACGCUAGCAUAAUUUGAGUCCUUAGAUUAAACGAAAUUCACCAGU